GGCUUCCGCAGACGGGGCUGGUGGGCGAUCGUGAGGCGCCGGAGGACGUUCCCUGCGGCCGGAGCCAUGGAGAUGCCUCUGCCGCCCGACGACCAGGAACUUCGAAAUGUCAUCGACAAGCUGGCCCAGUUCGUGGCUCGCAACGGGCCCGAGUUUGAGAAGAUGACGAUGGAGAAGCAAAAGGACAACCCGAAAUUCUCCUUUCUGUUCGGAGGCGAGUUCUACAGUUACUAUAAGUGCAAGCUGGCGCUGGAGCAGCAGCAGCUCAUCUGCAAGCAGCAGGCCCCAGAGCUGGAGCCGGCCGCGGCGCUGCCUCCCCUGCCGCAGCCCCCGCUGGCCCCGGCUGCGCCCAUCCCACCGGCCCAGGGAGCCCCAUCCAUGGACGAGCUCAUCCAGCAGAGCCAGUGGAACCUGCAGCAGCAGGAGCAGCACCUGUUAGCCCUCAGACAGGAGCAGGUGACCGCGGCUGUGGCCCACGCCGUAGAGCAGCAGAUGCAGAAGCUCCUGGAGGAGACCCAGUUGGACAUGAAUGAGUUUGACAACCUGUUGCAACCCAUCAUCGACACGUGUACCAAAGAUGCCAUCUCGGCCGGGAAGAACUGGAUGUUCAGCAAUGCCAAGUCCCCCCCGCACUGUGAGCUGAUGGCGGGCCACCUCCGGAACCGCAUCACAGCCGACGGGGCGCACUUCGAGCUGCGGCUGCACCUCAUCUACCUGAUCAACGAUGUCCUGCACCACUGGGCCCUGACGCGCGGAAGGUCUCUCCCUCACAGCCAGCGCAAGCAGGCCAGGGAGCUGCUGGCCGCCCUGCAGAAAGUCGUGGUGCCCAUCUACUGCACCAGCUUCUUGGCCGUGGAGGAGGACAAGCAGCAAAAGAUCGCCCGGCUCCUGCAGCUCUGGGAGAAGAAUGGCUAUUUUGACGACUCCAUCAUCCAGCAGCUUCAGAGCCCGGCUCUGGGGCUCGGCCAGUACCAGGCAACACUCAUCAAUGAGUACUCUUCGGUGGUCCAGCCGGUGCAGCUCGCCUUCCAGCAGCAGAUCCAGACCCUGAAGACGCAGCACGAGGAGUUCGUCAACAGCCUGGCCCAGCAGCAGCAGCAGCAAAUUCAGAUGCCACAAAUGGAGGCCGAGGUCAAGGCCACCCCGCCGCCACCUGCCCCACCGCCGGCCCCCACGCCCGCUCCUGCCAUCCCGCCAACCACCCAGCCUGAUGACAGCAAGCCUCCCAUCCAGAUGCCCGGCUCCUCUGAGUAUGACGGCUCGGGAGGAGUCCAGGAUCCUGCGUCUGGCGGCCCCCGGGGCCCUGGGCCCCACGAUCAGAUCCCACCCAACAAGCCCCCGUGGUUUGACCAGCCUCAUCCCGUUGCUCCUUGGGGCCAGCAGCAGGUAUUUUCCCAGACUUGUGGGGGCGGGUGGACCCUCUCCUGUGUGGUUCAGCGGGCUGGUAGUGGCUUGCUGGGGAAGCAGAGAUUUCUGCAGCGGGGCCCAGGCUGGGCGGGUGGGGGCAGGCCAGGACAGUCAGGGCUUCACACCCGACCGGCGCUGACCACCCGGACCUCUUAGGAACAUUGGUUCCUGUGUUCCUAUGAGGGCUGGGCAAUUUCAAAUGGUCAAAUACAGCAAGGUGAGCGGUUUCCGUCCACUUUCUAACUGGUUCAGCCAGCACGGGGCCAACAUUUGUCUCCCUGGAAAGAACAUUGUGCUUGCAUGAGGAAAGGGAAGGUCGGACAUGUAGGGCUGGUGGUGCUUUCUGGGGCAGAGAUGCUGGUCACUCCCUCUGGUUCUUUGGGGUCAGAAACUUCUAGGCCAGGGCAGGGGUCAUCUCAUCCAGCUUAGCAUGACUGGGAAACGCUGGAAGCAUCCACUUGCUCUCUGGCCACUGGAUCUGAUCCAGUGGAGCCUUUGGGCACAGCCCGGGCCUUUCCUGGACGUCCACCUUCCCCUUGACGGGGCCUAGUGGUUGCGGCCCUGCCAGGUGACUGGGGAGGGCGGGAGGGAGACUGCUCUGGACUGACAAAUGGGGCUUAUGGCUUUGAGUUGCCCAUUGUACCCCUCCCCGCCCCAUACCUGAGCUUCAGGAGAAGAGAUUACUUAAUUUCACAAAAGAUUAGGUAUAUCCGUAAAAUCAGCUCCCACCUAUGAAUGCCAGUUGUGAGCCAUGUGGUAUCAGGCAUUUUAUGGGCGCCGUCUGAUGAGGGAACAGUUCUCAUACCCCUUGUGUAGGUGUCUCCACGGUCAGCCUUCUUUCUGGGGGCUUGUGGGAUGGGCUCAUGAUGACAAGGGUCCCCUCGCUGAGGGUCUGCAGAGGUACUCUUGGCCUGGCCUGCCCACGUGGGAUCUUACACAUUUUGAAGUAACGUUUUUAAAAUAUUGACUUAUUGAUUUGAUUUGAUUAGAUUUUUGGUAGACUCCACA